AUGGCACUUUCACCUGCAGGGCUGGGAGGAAUCCAGUCCUCGCGCAACUCUCUCAGAAGGCUUGUAGAAGAAAUUGUGUGGGAAAGCCCAACGGCCCGGGGCAAGCAGAGACCCCCCCCUCAACCUCCCUCCCCCGAGCUAAGCAGAGGAGGGAAGAAGAAGGAGGAGGGGGACGAAGAGAACAACCAGAUCAUGAAGACCCCCCUCCCCCAGCCCCCUUCAUUCCUCUCAGCACAAUCGGAUGUGGUGUCCCUCAUCUUGACAUUACAGCAAUCCCCUGGCUACGAGGCCUCGCUGACUAAUGUGUUGAUUGACCGAUUCCUCAAGAUUAUGGGGUCAGAUGAGUUCUCAGAGAACGUCUACUACUACCUGAGCCGCAGAGAGCCUCGGUUGGCCCUGCGAGCACGUGUGCUGAACGUCCUUUUGUUGCAGGGCCCUGUGCUGAGCGCCCCGACCGCGGGGAGGACCAUGGGGAGAGCGGGCCUGUGGAUCCUGGUCCUCCUCUGCCUGGAGACAAAUGCCUCCAGAGAGGUCAUGGAUCUGAUCAGGACCGUGGGAGGUUCGGUCAUCUUCCCCCUGCCCAUCCCGGCCGGACUCAAGGUGAAGAGCAUCGUCUGGGCGUCUCACACGACAUUGGCAGUGGUGAAUCGGGGAGCACCGGGACAUCCAGAUGCCCUUCAGGUGGUGAAUUUCCAGUUUUCCGGGCGGACAGACCUCCCGGACGGGAACCUGUCCCUGCGGAUUGGCGCCCUGACCCCCAAGGACACCGGGGCCUACCGGGCCGAGGUCCACACGGCCGACGCUUACGACACCUUCCGCUACACCCUGAGCGUCUUCGAGGAACUGAAGGAGCCUCGAGUGUCCGUGAACUGUUCGACGGCGGAGGAGCAAGUGACCCUGACCUGCUCCGUGGCCGGGAGAGGGGACAACGUGACGUUCAGCUGGUUGUCUUCGGGGACUGGGGGGUCCCCCGACGGCCCCGUCCUCAACGUCUCCCUGGGCCCCGGGGACCCUCCCCUGGAUUACACCUGCACGGCCACCAACCCCGUCAGCAGCAGGUCCCUCACCGUCCCUGCCGACCAGAUCCUCUGUCCAGGGUUUUCGUCCAUCAUUCAGAAGGCUCCGGGGCACCUCCUGGCCCUCCUGAUCCUGGCAUUCCUGCUGCUCCUGCUGGUCCCCGGCGGGAGCCUGCUGUUCCUCCGGAUCCGCCGGAAACGAAAGGCCAAAGGAUCGAUCGACGGAAUGGUUGCGGAGACGGCGGAGGCGGUGUCCGUCCAGUGUGAGUCGGUCCCCCGGGGGGACCCCACGAGAGAUCCCGAGGCUGGGAAAAGCACCCCGGAUACCCACCCACCGACCAAGAAUCCAGAGGAGGUGGAGAACUCCGUCUACGCUGUCGUGCAGAGCAUGAGAGUGAAGAGUCAGCGACCAAGUGUCCCCCCGAAACCGGCCUCCGCCAGACCUUACCCCUCCAACAACCUCACCUGAGCCGAGGAUUGCCCACCCCAAGAAAGAGAAGGAAGGGUCCUCCCAGCCUUCCACCUGGACAACACUACUGGCUACGUGUGGAGAUCCCGG